UCAGGUUUAAUUCGAUUUGAUCUCCCUGCCCCUUAGAGAGCACAGCAGCUACUAAGAAUUGUCGCAUCCCUCCAUGCUCUACGCUUUCCUCCACAAAAAUGGAAUCACCACCACCGCGACCCCCACUAGAAGAAGCCCCCCAGACUCACCCUCAACCCUCCACCACAGGAACUUGUUGUAAAUGCGGCGGCGAGACAACCUUCGCGCCACCACCCCAUUCUCUAACUUCUUGGCCGGACCUUUCCUCUCCCCCUACAUAUCGACCCAGUCGAGCCCCCGCCAUAAACCUCCCUCUAAACAACAAUACCCAAGCCAUAAUCCUCUCUCCCGUCCCUCGAUACCAAAAAGUCCCCACCAUCACUCCUCCUUUCGACUUCCAAACCCCAAUCAAAAAAAUUACUUCCCACGACGACAUCCGCAAAUUCCACGACUCUCUCACUUCCAAAAACUUCCUUGGCUUCAUCGUUGCCUUGUCCGAAUCCAUCCGUGCUCAUAAAAUAUCCGAUCCAUCCCAUGAAUCCCCCACUAUCUCCGUAAUUGUCUCCAUCAUUGAAACCCUGUCUCUCUGGAUCGACCAAAUCCCCCCCGUUCAACAAUCCUCUCGUUACGGAAACAUCUCUUAUCGAACCUGGCACGAACGCUUAACCGAAAACGCCGAAUCCCUCAUGCUCCAGUUCGUCCCCGACGAUCUGAAACCCUCGACCGUCGAAAUCAUCCCUUAUUUCACUGACAGCUUCGGAAACCCAAGACGAAUCGAUUAUGGAACGGGUCACGAAACCAAUUUCGCGGCCUGGUUAUACUGCUUAGCCAGAAUGGGAAUCGUUAAGGAAGAAGAUUACCAAGCUGUGGUGGCUAGGGUUUUUGUGAAAUAUUUAGACUUAAUGAGGAAGCUUCAGCUUGUUUAUUGCUUGGAACCCGCGGGUUCGCACGGGGUUUGGGGUUUAGAUGAUUACCAUUUCUUGCCGUUUAUAUUUGGGAGUUCACAGUUGAUUGAUCAUAAGUAUAUGAAGCCGAAAUCGAUUCAUAAUGAUGAUAUUUUGGAGAACUUUUCGAGUGAGUAUAUGUAUCUUUCGUGUAUUGGGUUUAUAAAGAAGGUUAAAAAGGGUCCGUUUGCCGAGCAUUCGCCGCUGUUGGAUGAUAUAAGUGGAGUACCUAAUUGGAACAAGGUGAAUAGUGGAAUGCUUAAGAUGUAUAAAGCUGAGGUGCUCGAAAAGGUUCCUAUUAUGCAGCAUUUCCUCUUUGGAGGACUCAUCAAGUGGAAUGCAAUCAUCAGUUACUCUAGUGAGAAUCUCUGUGUUAGUGAUCUAACAUGCCUAGUAGAACCUUUUUGAGAGGCAAGAAAGGAAUGUUCCAUUUACUGGGAUCAUGAUACAACCAAUCCGCACUUUCACUUCUAUAGAAUUUUGCUGCUUAAAAUUUCCUCAGUAUAAUAUGGUAAACAACUUUUGAGCCAUAUGAGAUGGGUGACGAAGAUUUGGUUCUGGCUGAUCUUUUUGUUUAAUUGAGAUACCUUCUUUUAACGCCAUUCAAGGUAAAGAGCUCAUCUUAAAAUUUCCUCGAAGUCAUAUGAAACAACCUUUUUAGUCGAAUGAGAUAGAUGAUGAAGAUUUGGUUCAGGCCAAUCUUUUGUUCAAUUGUGAUGCUGUCUUUAAUGCCAUUCAAGGUAGAGAACUCAUCUUUCAUGGACGCCUUUUGGAUGCUGUCCACAUUACACUGAAGCAGACGUGCAACUAAAUGACUUGUACUUAUGAGUCACGAUAAGGCUUUAACUAAUGACUCUUUAGAUUGAUUUAUCAAAGCUUUGGGCUGCCUUAAUGUGUGGUUGUGGUGUUUGCACUUUGUACCUCUUUUCAUCGAACCUUCUAUAAAAUUCUUGUUUACCAGUUCUAUGACUAAUUCUGACAUGUAGGUUAUGAUUCAGAAAUUACAAAAUCUUUCUUGUCUUUAAGUUGUGUGCUAUCAGAAGUGCUGUAUGUCAUGUCAUUAUGUUGCUACUCCGAUAUGGUUGGAAUUUGC